UUCUAGUUGUAUUAUUCCUCACAGGACGAGCACUGAUAUUGAAAAAUUUGGCCAUAAGAGUGACAGUAGCUGUGACUCAGACCUUACCUCCCCAUCAAAGAACUUCAAAAGGGAUUCUGAUGAGUUUUAUGACAUUGCAGAGAGGCAUAGCAUACAUAUAACUGUUUAAAAAACUUAAAGAACCCGACCAGCAUCAGAAUAAUACCUCUCAGGCUGAUAUCGGACUAGAGAACUCCAAGCGCUUCAUUAAUUUGAGGAAUAGAGAUUCUCGAAAUCAUGGGAUUAUGAAGGACACUAAGUCAAGUAAUAACAUUCCACCGUAUCAAACCAAGAUUAUUAAGACUAACCGGAUUAAUAACCUGAACUGAAAUGAGAAAACUGGAGACUACCAACUUGUGUAUCAGGGGCAAAAGCAUAAUACAGGACUUCAGAAGGUAGGCUCUUACACCAAAUAUGAGCUACCAAUGGUUCGACGGUUGGUACCAAACUCUCGAUCAAGACAAUAUGAAGCAUAUGUCGAUGGGAAGGGACUUACUCGUAGGAAUCAGAGCCAACAAGCAGAUGGAUAUACAAAGCAAAAUGAAGAGGGAGACACUCUUCAACCCAGGGAUUGGUCUAUGCUUGAGAAAUAUCGACAAAGAACCACUUCAGAAGCUCCUAAAGGCUGCUUUCGAGGGUUAUAGUUACACUAAAUAAAAGUUUUAAGACAAUUGAGAAUAACACUCGGAUCCUUAACCAGAGGUCUGGGCGGAACAGGACGUUGACUGCUUGAGUGAGUAAGAUCAAUAAUCAUGUGAAGAAUAAGACACAUAAAGAGAUUCCCCGAAAAUCUAUUGAUUUUAACUCACUUUCCAAGGUCGGGAAGAAAAUUAGGAGGUCUAAGGAUAUUAAAUAAAUACGUCUCAAUGAACGCAUACAAGAACAAUGCUAGGUUAAGGAAGUUUGUUCAAAUGAAUAAGAUGAAUAUAAAUCAUCAGAAAAUCUUGAGCAAUGCUAGCAUCAACAAGGCGUUAAAGAAUAACGAAGUAAUUUUGAAAUCUCAGUAUCCUGAGUAUUAUAAGAAGCAGAGAAGGCAUUGUAACAACAGCUCUUUGAAUUCUAUAAACAAUGUUGUCUCUCAUAGGCCAUUGGCAUGAGCGACAAAGAGUCAAGAGAAGCGUCCUACUAAGCAUUAUUGUAACUUUAUGGUGGACAAUUCGACUAUUAUGAUCCAGAAGAAGAAUAUUCAUAAUAUAUAUUCAAAGCCGAUUCAGGGAAAGUCAGUGCACCAGAAGCAGAAUUCGUGCAACCCAAAGCGAGUAAAUAUUCUCCAAAUCAAAAGGGAAGUCCUCGAAUUAUAGCUAUUUUUCAACAUG